UUGCUCCAUUAUCUUUUGAUUCCGUUAAUCGUAUCUUGGCGAUAGACACAGCUUUAUUGAUAAUGGGUUUUGGUUAUCAUUUUCAAGUGUAUUUUCAUGGUUCUCUCAUUCGAGAUAAAUAAAUUGUUAUGUUUUCUGACCCUCGAAAAAGUUCAUUAGAGUAGUACAUUUCAGAAUAUUCGCUCGGUCUUCGUUUGUGUUCGUUUCAUAUUUUGUAUGUUCGAUGUUACGUGACCGUCUUGGUGAUGUUCUACUUUUCAUUCAUUGUUGUAAUAUUAUGAUAUCAUUAUAACGACGAUUCAUGCAAUAAUGCGUUCUUUGCAUUAAUUGCUCAAAUGCUUCAUGGAUUUGGGAACGUCCGGCGCGCUCGUGGCUGAGGUCAAUUCUCAAUUAAUCGAUCGAUUAGGUUCUAGUCGAAGUGAAAAUUAUACGAAAAAUCAGAAUUUUCAAUUCGAAUCUAGUACCGAAAACGAAUUCGGAAAUGAGGACGAAUUUCUAGAACAAGAUUACGUAAUCGAUUCCAAAAUCACUUCUACAGUCAAUUCAGUAUCAGAUGCUAACGAAGAGUUUUCAGUCGGUGACUCGAAUUUUCGUCAUAUAAACUUCGGCGAUUCCAAUUUUUCCAACGAUUCGGUCGAUUAUCCUUUUCCUACCUGUAAUAUCGAAUUGAAUCAGUACUGCGAAACAGAAGUUGCAGAUUUAAUCGACGAUAAUAUUUUAAACGAUAAAGGAUAUAAUCACGUGUUGCUCAAUCCGAGUGAAAAUAUUAAUCCGGACGAGGAUGCGUUAAAAUACGAUAAUCUAGGUACUGAUGUAUCGUCUGCUUCCAAUAGUAUAAUUACCGCUGAUACGAUUCUUGAAGAAAAUUCUGAGCUAGUUCAUUCUGGAGAUCAAAACGAUUUCAACGCUUUAAAUGAUUUUCUAAGUAUUCCUUUGAGCGAAACAGAAGAUAUUGGACCUCAUUUCAUCGCAGGAAGUUUUUCGAAUUCCGGCGAUAAACUCGAUUCGAAUAAAAAUCAAGGCGAUUCAAGUGAUAUGGGAAUAGAAAACACAUGGAAUGAAGAUUUUGCUGUGCCGUCUACCUCUAAUUUUCCAUUACCAUUGCCAGCCCCACCGGAAAGUUCCACGUUCAGUGAUUUUUCGAGCUGUAAUAAUUUUGAUUCCGUCGAGCAUGGAUCGUACACUAGUGAUUUAGAAGCAUUGUUUUCUACAAAUGAAACUGAAACAGAUGUUACCGACGUAAAUGCUGAUAAAGGCGUUUGUGGGCUACGCAAUUUAGGGAAUACUUGUUUCAUGAGCACUGGGAUACAAUGUUUGGUCGCUACGACGUCACUGGUUCGAUUUUUCUUGAAGAAACUAUCCGCUAGUAAUUUAGAUGAAAAUUCUUUAACGAUGCAGUUCACUGAACUUUUGCAAAAGAUGUGGAGUGGUCAGUAUUCCAUUGUUCAUCCUAUGAAAUUUAAACAGGCUUUAGGAUCGUACUAUCCUCAGUUUAAAGAUUGCAGUCAGCACGAUUGUCAAGAAUUCUUAGCUUUAUUAUUGGAUGCUUUACAUCAGCAGUUGGUUACUGUGUCGAAAGAGGGUUUUGAAGACGACGAUGCUUUCUCGUUUAAGGAUAAAAUUCCCGAACGUGAAACUGACAUGGAUAUGAAAAUAGACGGCGUAUCGUCCGACCUGCCUCGUUUCAAAUGUGAUACAUUUUACGAAUUUGUCAAUAACGGUAAUAAUGAGAUGAGCAGUAAUGCGACGGAAGAAAUUGAAAGCAAAACAGAGUCUCAGAAAUCUUCGGCAGAUGAAACGGAAAAAUCUAGCAUGGAAGUAAUAGAUGGACUUAAUUCCAAAGACGAUGGCGAAGAGCAGAAAAACAGUGCCCUUGCAAGUAAACUGAACUACAUUCAAGAUAUUCUAAAAGAAACGAAAACGUCGAACGUAAAUGUACUCGUUAAAGAAACUGAAGCAAAUAAUGAAAUCUGUUUCGAUUCUGGAAAGUUUCCUAAAAAAGAACGCCGAAGAAAUAUAGCGAAAACGAAUUAUCACGAUAUUUACGCCAACGAUACUAAUGUCGUCCAAAAGGAUUCUGGCUUUUAUUUCGGUUCAGAAUCGAAUUUUGACGAUAAUCUAGAUUUGAAGCGUAUUAAAGUGAAUCAUUUAACGAAAGAGAAGAACUGCUUAAUGGAAGAUCAGAACUACAAAGAUACGCAAAUGGAGAAAAAUGUCAGAUUAGCAAAUGAAAGAAAAAUGAAAAUACUAAACGUCCCAGUUAAACAGUCAAACACCGACGAGCAAAUGGAAACCGAUGAUGGAUGCGUUAAUAACGAUGAAGUAGAAGAAGAAGAAAUGAGAACAGAAGACGAAAACGAAAUCGCCGUUCAAAUGUCUGAAGAGGAAUCACAGUCUGCCGACGAUUUAGAAGCGGAAAAACAUUGGGAAAAACACGUAUUCAAUAAUCGAAGUGUGAUUUUCGAUUCGUUUCAGGGUCAAUUUAAAAACACUGUUGUUUGUUCUGCUUGUGAUUUUAAGUCUAUAACGUACGAACCGUUCAUGUAUUUGUCGGUUCCACUUCCACAUGCGAUUGAAAAACAAUUAUGCGUGACAUUCGUCUCCGCUAGUGAUAGUCCUCCUGUACAAUACCUCAUUACUCUAACCAAACAAGAUGAAGUUAUGAAAAUUAAGCACCAUCUUUUAAAAAUGAUUCCCGAAAAAUUGGAACAUCCGAUCGUUAUUGGAGAAGUUUUGGAUUAUCAUAUCGCGAAAAUAUUGGACGAUAAUCAUCAAAUUCGAUAUUUGGACGAUGUCAAUAGGUCAAUUUAUGCUUUCGAACAACUCUAUGUUACGCCCAAGGAUAAAAAUGAUACCACAUCAUGCGAAAAUAGUUCAAACUGCGGAGAUAAAGAACCUGUGAAUGCAGUUAGCGACGCUUGCGCUAUUUGUUUAGAAGAAAAAGAAUCGAAUGUUAGGCGGCAUAAAGAUUGCGCUUGUACACUAUGUGAUGUUUGCAUACAGAAUUAUUCGCAACAUUAUGGCGGACAAACUUUGAAAUGCCCAGUAUGCAGAACUGAUAUAAUACCAGAGAAAGAUUUACUUCCCAUUGAACAAGCUGACAUGAAAUCGAACAUGAGGUUAUUAAACGUACCGUUGGUGUAUCGUAUGGAUAAAACAGGAGAUGGUAACAAUAAUCAGAAAACAGUUAAAUUAUUUGGACAUCCUGCGCUGCUAAGACUACCCAAUCAAAUUAGCGCUGAAGAAUUAUACGAGACUGUUUCCAGAUUACAUCCGUAUAAAGAACCAUUCAAGUUGUUAUUGGUUGAUGGACAGGGUCGACAUUGUUCACGGUGCAUGUAUAAUCAGCCUUGCAAAGGAUGCGCGAUAUCUCGCGAUAGUGAUGUUUUAUUGCGAUCUGACGACACGUUAGCUGUGACUUUCACCGAUGAUAUCGUAGAAAUCGGCGAAAAACGUCAUUCCAGUAUGACGUUGAUGAGGAAUCAUAAAACACUCUCUUUAUACGACUGUGUGCAAGCGUUCAGUCAAAGCGAAAUAUUGGACGAGUUCAAUCCGUGGUAUUGUCCUCGUUGUGAGAAAAACCAAUGUGCUACGAAAACCUUAUCAGUAUGGAGAUUUCCGAAUUAUCUUAUUGUAUACUUGAAAAGAUUUGUAUUCCACGAGUGUACUAGCAUUAAACUGGAGGAUAAAGUCAAGUUCCCAUUGCAUGGAUUUAAUUUCAACAAGAAGAACGAAUCUCCUUAUGAUUUGUAUGCUUGUGUGUGUCACACCGGAGGUGUAUCGGUCGGACAUUAUAUCGCCUACACUCAGAACCCAUUAACUAGCGAAUGGCAUUGUUUCAACGACGAAAACGUAUCGAAACAAAAGCCACAAGAAGAGGAGUACUGCAACGCUUACAUUCUGUUCUAUAAAAAACGAGAUGCCAGCGACGUGACUGAAAAUGAGUAGAUAAAUUUAUGGAUUUUCUCCAAAGCUUCUGAACAAAUCGAGGCUUCCGAUCGAGUUUAUGCUGAGCAUUUGUUGACAUAAGUAAUUACAAUUACCGAAAACUGUGCUGGGAAUAGUUAUUUUGGGUGAUUUGAAUUAAUCGUAUUACUUCGUUUUGUUUUUUUUUUAAUUAUUCAAAUUAUGUAGAAAAAAGUUCCUGUUAAUGUAAAAAAAUUACGGGUUUAAAAAAAUUAACGUUUUAUUUUAAGCUAUCGAUUAUUUUUGUCAACUUACCGUACUGAUUGAUGUUUUUUCUCGUAUUUUUUCUAUUUUAAUAAUUGUUAUUUUUUAAGUAAAAGUUGAAUUGUUUUGUCUUGUAUAUUUUGAUAAAGUUUUCCAGAAAUUUUAGUUGAAAA